AUGUCCACCACAACAACCGAAACCCCUUCGACAGACCUGACCGUCUCUGUCGCACCGCCAAAGGGCCGCGACUUUCGUGAUGCUCUGAACCGCGACGGGUACGCCGUCGUCAAGGGAGCUAUCCCGCUCGAGCGUGCAAAGAAAUAUGCGAACGAGUUCUAUACAUAUCUCGAGGGAUUCGACCUUGGUUACAAGCGUGACGAGCCAUCUACCGUCAAGCGAGCGAACCUGCCCGUUAUAAAUGAGAAGGGGAUGAUUCUGGCCUACGGCGUGACCCAUGAGAAAUGGGUAUGGGAUGUUCGCUCAGAACCUGGUGUUAUCGAUGCCUUUGCAAAGGUUUAUGACGAUGAGGAUCUGAUUGUGUCCUUCGAUGUUGUGAAUGUGCAGUUUGCCAACCGUGAGGAUAUGCCUGAAAACAAGCCGUGGCCCCACCAGGACCAGGAUCCAUCCAAGCCCGGAUUCCGAUGCCUUCAAGGUCUUGUGAACCUCAAUCCAGCAGGCCCUAACGAUGGCGGUCUUAUCGUGUGCCCCGGUGGGCAUAAGCUCUCCGAGCAGUUCCACGCGGAAAUGGCUGAUGAGCCUCGCAUCCCGGCUUGGACACCAGAGUGGUUCGGCUACACCGAGAAGGGGAUGAAGUGGCUGGCCGACCAUGGCCUAGAAUGGGUGAAGGUCUGCUGUGAGCCUGGAGACCUGAUUGUGUGGGAUAGCAGGACACCACAUUAUAACCUGCCGCCCGCAGGAAAACAGGAUCGGCUGGCCAUUUAUACCUGUUAUAUGCCGGUUGCCGAGGCGAGCCAGGAGGAUCUUGUCAGAAAGAAAGGGGCUUUUGAGCAACGAUUGGGGACGACCCAUUGGCCCAACGCCGUGCAUGUUGCAGGCUCGAACAUCGCGAUGCGGAAUGGAGAGCCUUGCCUAAAGAGUCGGGACAGGCCGGUUCAGGAGCCCGUGCUGAAUGAACGCGCAUUCAAGCUGACGGGAAUCCCAUAUAUCAAGACGGAAGCUUGA